AUUUAAUUUUGCCUCUAUGACCCACUGAAAUUAUAAAUAAUUUACGAGAGCAAUAAAUUCGUUGAAAAAUUUCAUAAAAAGAUUCGCCAAAUUCCAUAGUUUUUGAGGUAAUUGGCUCAGAUUGAUCCAGGUCUGCUUGGAGCAGAUCUAGCAACUAAAAAUGAAAACCCCUCAUUACCAGUUCAAGUGAGGGCGACAUAACCUCGAAAAUAAAGAAAACAUAAACAUUUAAAAGUAGGAAAAACUAUGGCAAAACGAAGAAAACCUGAAAAAUUGAACAAGUGGAUUUACAGCUUGUGGCUCCUGAGGAUUCUUUUAGUAAUUGUCCCACAAACUGGUUACAUUCACCCCGAUGAAUAUUUCCAAUCCGUUGAAGUCCUAGCAGGGAAAGUAUUCGAUGUUGAGCACAGUCCUCCAUGGGAAUUCAACACGACUCUUCCUAUAAGAGGUAUAACUAUUCCUUACCUAACCACAGGAUUGUCUUAUAUAUUCCUCAGGGAUGUGAAUAAUUUAGCCAUUGAAUUUUUAUCUUUAAACAUAGUUCUACCUUAUUUUCUCAUUACGGUGCCUCGAUUACUUAUGGCAAUGCUUUCGUUUAUUGUGGAUUAUUCUCUCCACAGAAUCUGUUUAAAUAAUAAUGAAAAAUACAAAACAAGACUGAUAGUUUUAAGUACCUCGUAUGUAAUGCUUGUUUAUGGAACCAGAACUUUCUCAAAUACUACUGAAUUAAUACUCUUCGCUGUACUAUUAUAUUUUGUAUGUGAAUCUCAAACUUUCUCCAAUGAAUUAGUACGUAAACAAGAGUACAUCAAGUAUAGGUAUGAUAAAAGCACUUCUAUGGUUGAAAAAGUAAAAUUUCAUAAACUCAAACUAUAUUUAGUAUCUGAUAAUUAUAGAAAUUGCUUUGUUAUAGCUACUAUAACAGUUUUUGGCAUAUUCAAUCGUCCAACUUUUAUUGCCUAUGCUGUAAUGCCAGUCUUUUUUUGGAUUUAUCGGGGUAUUGAACAAAAACGAGUUUCCAUAACACAAUUUCAUACUAGAAUUAUAUUCUUUGCUAUGUGUUGCACCCCUGCAAUAAUAUUUAAUGUUCUUAUUGACUCAUUCUAUUAUGGUUAUAUUACAUGGGGCGAAGUGGGCAUGUUAGAUGUUUCUAUCAAUAAUUUCAUAAUGACUCCUCUCAAUUUCAUAAAGUACAACAUUAAUUCUUCAAAUUUAGAAAAGCAUGGCUUGCACCCAAGAUUUUUACAUUUUUUAGUAAAUAUUCCAUUGUUAUUCAAUGUUUUAGGGAUAAUGGCUUUAUUCACCAUAGCAAAAUAUAUCUAUUGGGCCUUUUUGAAAAAGUAUAAUCUUUUGCCAUCCAUUAAAAGCAUUAAAAUGCUCAUGACAAUGUCUUUUAUAGGUCCUGUUGGGAUAUUGUCGAUAUUUCCUCAUCAAGAGCCAAGAUUUUUAAUUCCGAUUUUAUUUCCCUUGAUUUAUUUGCAUAGCGAUCAAAUUUUACCUGAGUCUGAUAGAAUUUUAGUGAAAACUCCUGAGGGUUCUAUCCAAAAUAAAACUCAGGAAUUUAAAGCAAAAACUUCAUCCAAUCAAAUAUUGAAAAUAUGGUUGUCAGUUAAUUUUUUGUUUUUAAUAUUUUAUGGUUUUAUUCAUCAAGGUGGUGUUUAUUUGGCUGUUAAUUAUAUGCACAAAGAUAUUAAAUUUACUCCUAUGAACACCGAAUUCCAUAUAGUUACAAGUAAUAUUUAUUCCUUGCCAGAGUCGUUCCUUCUGCAAAAAACUAGUAAUAAACUGUUUUCUCAAAAUCAAAUUAAAUAUUCUGUUAAAAAGCGAGUAUUUUUGUAUGAAGAAGGAUCUAAAGAUUUAACAUCUAUCAUCAGCGAUCUUGAAAGCAUGGUCAAUGCAAAAAAAUUAUUGAACAAUAGUUUUAAACAUUAUAAAAAAUAUAAAAUUUAUUUGUUAAUAUCGAGCAGUAGGAGCGAACAAGCAGAGAAUAUAUUAAUGGAAAAUGGCAUAUUUUUCAGCAAACUAGACAGCUUUUGGCCUCACAUAAGUACGGAAGCUUUCCCAGAUCUUACAAAAUAUUGUAUUAACUCUGUGUCUGUAUUUUAUAAAAAUUGUGAAGCUUUACCUUUAAGGGAUUAUAUACGAAAAAUUAAUGAAAUGUGUGAACUAAUUUUAUAUGAAUUAGAUUAUCAGGUUAAAAAACCUGUUAUGACUAGAAGCAUGUAGAAUAUAGAGGUCCACAUUUUUUAGUGAUAAACGUGAUAUUUAUAAUUGUGUUUAAAUCAGAUAUUUUAACUUAAGCUACGAACUGAAGACAAUUUGCAAUAUUUUAGCUGUAAAUACUUUUCUUUGUUUUUAUGAGAAUCUUAUUGUAAUGCAAACUUUAUUAUUAUUAUUUGUGAUAAUCGGUUUUUAUUACCGAGUAUUAGGUCUGAACUCAUAAUUUGAUUUAUGAACUCAUUUAUUUUUGAUUUAUUAAAUAAACCAAUUUGCUCUA